UUAAAAGCCUAAGAGCCAGAGAAGAGAAAAUGGAGAAAUACCAAGCCAAGUUAAGAAUUCACUGUUACUAAAAUGGCUCAGAGAGAAUGACCAGAGUUCAAGAAGGGGCAGGGGAGUGCAGAGGGCAUUUCCACUCUCACACCUGGUAGUGCUUAUGAUCCUAACUGGGGAAGUUGUUGCUGGGAGUGGAAUUUGCUGCUGCUUCACAGGAGAAGACAGAGCAGGAGUGAGAAGAGUGGAGAACUAACUUGCAAGCUGGGCAUGCUCCACACUAUUCAGAACGGUGCUUACUAGUGUCCCGUUGUCUCAGUUCAGUGGGAUAUGAUCCUAAUGAAAAAACUUUUGAUAAAAUACUUAUUGCUAAUAGAGGAGAAAUUGCAUGUAGGGUUAUUAAAACUUGUAAGAAGAUGGGCAUUAAGACGGUUGCCAUCCACAGUGAUGUUGAUGCUAGUUCUGUUCACGUGAAAAUGGCGGAUGAGGCCGUCUGUGUUGGCCCAGCUCCCACCAGUAAAAGCUACCUCAACAUGGAUGCCAUCAUGGAAGCCAUUAAGAAAACCAGGGCCCAAGCUGUACAUCCAGGUUAUGGAUUCCUUUCAGAAAACAAAGAAUUUGCCAAGUGUUUGGCAGCAGAAGAUGUUAUUUUCAUUGGACCUGACACACAUGCUAUUCAAGCCAUGGGUGACAAGAUUGAAAGCAAAUUAUUAGCCAAGAAAGCAAAGGUUAACACAAUCCCUGGCUUUGAUGGGGUAGUAAAGGAUGCAGAUGAAGCUGUCAGAAUUGCAAGGGAAAUUGGCUACCCGGUCAUGAUCAAGGCCUCAGCAGGCGGUGGCGGGAAAGGCAUGCGCGUCGCUUGGAAUGAUGAGGAGACCAGGGAGGGGUUUAGAUUUUCAUCUCAAGAAGCUGCUUCUAGCUUUGGUGAUGAUCGACUACUAAUAGAAAAAUUUAUUGAUAACCCUCGUCAUAUAGAAAUCCAGGUUUUAGGUGAUAAACAUGGAAAUGCUUUGUGGCUUAAUGAAAGAGAGUGCUCAGUUCAGAGAAGAAACCAGAAGGUGGUGGAGGAAGCACCAAGCAUUUUUCUGGAUCCGGAGACUCGAAGAGCCAUGGGAGAACAAGCUGUAGCUCUUGCCAGAGCAGUGAAGUACUCCUCAGCUGGAACCGUGGAGUUCCUGGUGGACUCCAGGAAGAACUUCUACUUCCUAGAAAUGAAUACGAGACUGCAGGUUGAGCAUCCUGUCACAGAAUGCAUCACUGGCCUGGACCUUGUCCAAGAAAUGAUCCGUGUUGCUAAGGGUUACCCGCUCAGGCACAAACAAACUGAUAUUCCCAUCAAUGGCUGGGCCGUGGAAUGCCGGGUUUACGCUGAGGACCCCUACAAGUCUUUUGGUUUACCGUCUAUUGGGAGAUUGUCUCAGUACCAAGAGCCGAUACAUCUACCUGGUGUCCGGGUUGACAGUGGCAUCCAACCAGGAAGUGAUAUCAGCAUUUAUUAUGAUCCUAUGAUUUCAAAAUUAAUCACCUAUGGCUCUGAUAGAACGGAAGCCCUGAAGAGGAUGGAGGACGCACUGGAUAAUUAUGUUAUUCGAGGUGUUACACAUAAUAUCGCAUUACUUCGAGAGGUGAUAAUCAAUUCACGCUUUGUAAAAGGAGACAUCAGUACUAAAUUUCUGUCGGAUGUAUAUCCUGAUGGCUUUAAAGGACAUGUGUUAACAGAGAAUGAGACACACCAGCUACUGGCAAUUGCAUCAUCGUUGUUUGUGGCAUCCCAAUUACGAGCCCAACAUUUUCAAGACCAUUCAAGAAUGCCUGUUAUUAAGCCAGACGUGGCUAAGUGGGAGCUCUCCGUAAAAUUACACAAUGAAGAUCACACUGUCACAGCAUCAAGCAGUGGCUCAGCAUUUUCUGUAUUGUGUAAGAAAGUUCACGAAAGUAUUGUUUGUAACAGCAGGAGCCUGGAAACAACUGAAACGCCAAGCUAUCACACUGGGAUAGUUCCUUCAAUAUGAUCCCAUCCUAAUUCUGAGAUUCUGUGCAGCAUUGAAAAGGUUGCGGGCCUUUCCUAUGAACUGCUUUAUUAAGGGACAGAAGAAAAGUUCAUUCACUGGUGUAAGACAGGACAUGUGUGUUCAUGCUUCAUAGGUGCAGAGAAGACCUUUGGCAGGAGCCGUAAGAAACUGGUCACUGGUUUCCUUUGAGUGGGGAGCUGGAUGGCUGUCUACUUCCCAGAACUGAGAAGGGGACUGACAUUAUACUCCAUGUCUCUUUAGUAUAUUUUCGAAGUUUGAAUCUUAUGCAUAUUACCUUUUUAUUUUGAACUUCAGAAUUGUAUAGGGAAGGGUCUGUAAGAUGUGUGACUGUUGAAAUAAUUGGGUUCUAAUUAUCUGCCAAGAAACUAAUGCAGUGCUUUGGCCAUCAGGGAAGCAAUCAGAUGAGCAGCUGGCUCCCUGAAUAGAGCACAGUGGUCCUACUGUGCGUGUGUUAAGGACGCACAAUGCAGUUUCUGGAGCUCCUUUGGCUAGCACUCUGCACCUGGAGGUGGGGCUGGCUGUCACACUGCGGACUCUGUUUAGAGACUGACUUAAUCUGAAUUAAGAUUAAGAAAGGACUGAAACAAGGGUCAGAGCAAGAAAGCUGAGCCAGAACAGAUUUGGAUAAUUCCUCUGAAGCCUCCAAUUUUUCCUUCUUUAGGUGUAUAAACUACCCAAAGAGAUUACUGUACAGAAGAGCCAGAGUUACAAAGGCUGUGAGCCCACUCCAACAGUUUUGUUCAGGGUCCCUGAAUUCAUAGUAACUCCCCUGGUCCUAAUUCCCUGGGUUGCUUUAGAGGAAGGGGUGAUUCUCCCUCUUGCUGGUUUAGGGAAGAAGGUCCAAAAGUGGCUUGCCAUACCUGGGCAUCUUCUGACCCCAGGCUGAAGAACAUCCUUCCACAGCAAAUGCUUCCAAACCAGCUUGACAUCUAGUGGAAGGGGGUCAGAUAAACAAGGCUGUAGAAACAUCAGGCCCGAAGGGGAGGCUCGCACAGCUUGAGCUGUUUACUUUUCACUCACAGCCUUUACAGUGGGUGUCAUACUCUACUUUUGAACCGCAGGACUAAAUUUUCAUAAAAAUGUGAAGAUCCUGCCCAUGUAAUCUGGAAAAUUGCUUGUCUAAUUGAGAGCCCGGCUGCACCUGUGCCCUCUUAACUGGCUCCGUCAUGUUGUGCUCAAGAGUUAAGUAACUUGUUAUGGUGUUCAGUGGAGAACAAAAAUAAGUUAUAGAACGGAGUUGCUUUAGAAAUGAAAAACGCUGAAGACCUGUGAGAGUUGGCAAAUACUGUAAUUAAGACUUCAAGUGGUUUUUAGUAGUGUCCCCUGGUUUUUCAUCACUCUCUGAAAGAUUUUGCUUAGAAAUAAAAUGUCUAAUGUUAACACCAGAUAUUCAGCUUAUUUCAGUUCAGUUUUAUAAUCCCUUAUUAAAUGUACAUAGUGGUUUGGUAGCCUGUGUGGGCAAAAUUUCUAUAAGAAAAUGGUUUUUCAAAGUUACUGUACUAAUUUUGAUGUGUUUUUAUUGGCCUCUCUUUAAAAUAUAUUUUAAAAUAAAAUAAAUGAAGUGAA